CCCGACCCGGAACGACCCUCAUUCUCUUUGCACUUGCACAACACAACCCGCCACGAGCCAGUGGCCCUAAUUCUGGCCAUGCAGCCUCUGCCACAACUAAUAAGGCAAUCAUUUCGAUCCAGCCUCCAACUCCCAACCUCCAUACUAACGCAAUUCCGCCCACCCACAGCAUUCUCCCUCAGACCGACUCCGCGGAGCUUCUCCGUCUGCUUACAAUGCCGAUUCCGCCAACACCAGCCCAAAUACGACGCCUUCGAUGACAGGCAGCGGUUCGCCGCUAAUACCGAGAGGUUAAUCAGGGAAAAAGAGAAAGAACUCGCCGAACAGGAGCGCGCAGCGCGCGACCCGGCCCCGAUCCCGGGUGUUGAGGCGGGCAGUUCUCUCGAUUCGGUACCUCCUCCCCCAGAGCCCGAGCAGAGUCCACAACCACCGCAAAAUGAAAAUGAAGAGAAGCAGACUGCUCCCAGGGAGGAGAAUGAAGCCAAUGCUGCUGGCACGAGGAGCGGUGGUCUACCAUCGUAUUUGGAAAGCCGUCGGUCAAAAUGGUCAAAGCAGUUCAGCACACUCAUGGACAAUGUGCAGUCCAACGUGUUCGUAGCCGGACAACGACUAAAUGACCUGACGGGUUACUCCAGUAUCGAAGCUCUGAAAAACGACAUCCAUCUCCACGAGGAUCGACUCCGCACCGCCCGAGCACAAGUCAAGAAAGCGAAAGAAGAGUACGCAGCCGCAAUCAAUCGCCGCUCAACCUCCCAACGCGAAGUCAACGAGCUCCUCCAACGCAAACACGCCUGGUCCUCAACUGACCUGGAGCGCUUCACCUCCCUCUACCGCAACGACCACACAAACGAAGUCGCAGAGACAGAGACCGCACAGGCACUAUCAGCUUCCGAACGCGAAGCCGAAGAGGCUGCCGCACAACUGAGCAAGAGCAUUCUCUCGCGGUACCACGAGGAGCAGGUCUGGUCCGACAAGAUCCGUCGCAUGUCGACAUGGGGAACAUGGGGUCUGAUGGGCGUGAACGUGCUACUUUUCCUCGUUUUCCAGAUCCUUGUUGAACCGUGGCGAAGGAAGAGACUCGUUAAGGGCUUUGAGGAUAAGGUCGUUGAAGCAUUGGAGAAAGAGAAGGAAUUGAGCAGGGCUAUGAUUGCUGAGAGCGCGGUUGCGCUCUCGGCUCUGCCGAAUAACACUGUCCUCCCUGGAGACGUUGAUUCCAAGGAGACGUUGGAGGACACUGCAUCAUUAUUGACGGAGCCGAAGCUUGCCGCGGUGGAGAUUGAUGUUCCUGCUACUGGGGCGGCUGAUGCCAGUGCGUCCCAGUCUUUGCAGACUCGUCUAUCAAUUAUUUCUUCUCCGGUUACGUCGGUGGACUACUGGAAGCAGGUGGCCCAUGAGGUCUUCAGCGAGCGGGCCGUUGCUGUCUCCCAGCGUGACGUUACUACAGUGGCGCUUCAGAGUGCUGCGGCUGGUGCAGUUGUGUCGGGUCUACUCUUUGCCCUGAUCGGAUCGCGGUAG